AUGCCUGAUCAUCAUUCUUAUCAAGAUCCAUUCUAUGGAUGGACUACACCAAAAGCAAUAUCAUUAUGUGUACAAAAACUUAAAGAAUAUAGUUCAUUACCAUUUGAAGCAAUUCGAAAACUUAUUUCAAUGAGUGAAGCUCAAAUAUUAAAAGAACAAACAUCAUCAUCAUCUCUUGAAGUUUUAAUGAAAUUUUCAAAAAAUUAUUCAAUUUCUAUUGAACAUUUAUUAGUUAUUUUUAAUGGUUUUGUUCAUGUUCUUCGUUUAGCAUUAAAACCACCAGCAGCAUUUCUUAAAUCAGAUAUAUUCAAAGAUGAUUUACGUGAUCUAAAAUUUUCCGAACCAAUAAUUGCAGAAUUCAAUAAUAUUCUUUUUGGUUCUAAACGUGAUCAAUUGUAUAAUGCUAUUCAAGAACGUGAUCGUCCACAUCUUCCAUUGCUUCAAUCAUUUGAUUGGAAUCUUGAUGUUACUCUAACUACAGCAUCUUUAUCACGUUGUAUUGAACCAUUACUUUUUUUCCAAUUUCGUACGACUGAUAAUCGAUGUUUAACAUUUGAAGUUCCAAUUAAAAAAUUCAAUGAACUACGUUAUAAUACAGCGCUACUUCUUAAAGAAAUGGAAGAAGUUGAUGGAAAACAAGCAUUGAAACUACUUGAAACAUAA